AUGGAUGAUACCUUCGUUGCUUUAUCUGCUGGUCUGCGUCGACGCAUAGAUGAUGCAUUCGACAGAGCUACUCGAAACACUUCAGGAUCGUCAAACCCGCCUCGAAAGAAGCGUAAGCUUGACUCAGCUCAGUCCAGUGGAUUCGCCGCUGUAGAAGAUGUAUCACCAGGAGGAUUUUUGAUAGAGGACGCUGGAGGUUUUCUACUUGAUGAAUACGAAGGCCGCACUCGGUCCCCAUCUCCGGACCCUAUCUCCAUAUCACUUUCAUCUAUCCCAGCUGCACUUCAACUUCUUGGACUUCCUCCAGAUGACGAAGAAGUUCUUUCUGUGUUUCGAAAUGCUACGUCAGGUUGGGGAGAAAACUUGGAGGGAUCGAGCGAAGUCAGCCGGAAGGACUGGCGAUCGGUGUGUGCUGCCCUUCUAGAAGGAGAAGACGAGGAAGGGAGUGACGAUCCCGGGCCUUCUGCUGCUCAUUCCGAAACAGCAGCACGCAGUGACCAGGAGGAAGAUAGUGGCCCGGAAAGUGAUGAAUACCGCAUGUCCGUCGAUGGGGACAUGAGUGAACCAGAAGCAUCUGAUGAGGAAUAUCAAGAUGAUAAGCCUGCCGCUGUUUCUAGAUCGCGCAAACCCCAAAAGGCAUCCAAGUCGUUGCCCGCCGACGCGGAGCUUGAUGCUGGUCAAUUGAGCGCGAAACAAAAGGCUGAAUGUCGGGAGGACUUCGCAAGGUUCUUCCCUGAUGUGCCUGAUGCUGAGCUGGACCGUCAGAAAAUCAUGAUCAAGGACGUUACGCGCGUUGCUAAUCUGCUUAAGGAGAAGAUAAAGGCUGAGGAAAUUAUUGCAAUGCUGGAAGUGUUCUCCACUUCACCAGAUAAAUCCAUGAGUCUUCAAGACUUUGAAAGAAUGAUGAUAGCAACAAAGCUCAUAAGGUAUGGGCAAUAA